CGCAGUACGUACGAUUCAUCAUCUCAAGGCUUUAGGCUUUCAAAGAAAAAAACAAAAUUAACAGAAAAAACGACCUAAAGCCAUGUCGAAAGCAUAGUAAUUCUCCAUUUAGAUCUUAGUCCCUUAAGGAAACAAGGGAAAACAAAUAUUUACAUUUUUAGUAUAAAAACUGUUUUUUUUAGAGAGAAAAGAGAAAACAAAAACUUAAAGAUGGAGAUGGCUAGGCUAUUAAAGUUGAUGUUUUUGUUUUGUAUUGCCGGUCUGAUUCCGACCAUACGAGCCAACAUGUCUGAGUUGGACGAAUAUUGGUCGCAACGAGCCGACGAAGCCCGAGAAUUCACUCUUCAAGCUUAUCAUUCUGAUCCUUACGAAGUCGUCGAUCACUUCCACGAACGUCAUUACGACAACUCUACAGAUGUUAUCGAAGAACAUAGCAACUCUACAGAUGUUACGGCGGCCGAGGAACAUAACAACUCUACAGAUGUUAUGGCGACCGAGGAAGAUGGCAGCGCGAACCCCGAAGGGGUGGGAAAUGAGGUCAUUGAAAUGCUUGGAAGCUCGGAGAACAACACGAGACGGAGCCUAAGAGGUAAAGGCAGAGGAAAAUGGAGUAAGCUUAAGGGACCGUGUACCGCAAGCAACCCGAUAGACAAAUGCUGGCGUUGCCGUACGGAUUGGGCAAAGCGCCGUAAGAAGCUUGUCAAAUGUGUCCGCGGGUUCGGCCACAGGACGACCGGAGGAAAACGGGGACGCAUCUACGUGGUUACAAGCAACCUCGACGAGGAUAUGGUGAACCCUAAACCCGGGACAUUGCGUCACGCCGUGAUUCAGAAGGAGCCUCUCUGGAUCAUAUUCAAGAACGAUAUGAGCAUUCGUUUAAACCAAGAGCUUCUGGUGAUGUUGCUUGGUGCGCAAAACACGAAUGAAGCAGAUAAGAAGAUGCAAGUCACAGUGGCUUAUAACCAUUUUGGUAAAGGACUUGUGCAGAGGAUGCCAAGGAUCCGAUGGGGAUUUGUUCACGUUGUGAACAAUGACUACACUCAUUGGGAGCUUUACGCUAUCGGAGGUAGUCAAGGUCCGACGAUUCUCAGCCAUGGAAACCGAUUCAUUGCUCCUCCACACAAACCUCAUUACAGAGAGGUGACAAAGAGAGACUAUGCUUCAGAGGACGAGUGGAAACACUGGAACUGGAGAUCUGAUAAAGAUAUAUUCAUGAACGGAGCAUAUUUCAGACAAUCUGGGAAUCCUCAUUACAAAUGUGGUCACACGAGGCAACAAAUGAUUAAACCAAAACAUGGUAUUGCGGUUUCUAAGCUCACCAAAUACGCAGGAGCACUUGAUUGCAAAGUCGGGAGACGCUGUUAGAACAGCCCCCUUUUUCUUAUUACUUAUGUAUGUCUAAAUUAAAGACAAAUCUUUUCCCCCAUUUUUUGAUUUUUUUUUGCUUCUAUCUAUGUAGUUCAGGAAAUAAAAAAUUUAUGGGGUGAAAUAUUAAAAAAACGUUAUAUAAUUUGUACAGGUAUUUUUUGUAUAUUAUAAAGAGUAAGCGAAAAUAGCUGAUUCUGAUGACUUCUCUUUUUGUAUUUCAGCAAAUUCAUUUUUGGGUGACAUACUCUGUGGCUGUUUUGAUUAAUAUUUAAAUGUGGACUAUAAAACUUUCAUUUAUGCUAAACACACAG